AUGCGCCCUGUCUCGCCCGCGUUGCCUCCUGCGUCGCCCCACCUUUCCCCCACCUCGUACGCGCCACACCCUCCCUCCCCCUCCCCCCUCCUCUCCCCUCCCCCGCUCCUCCGCGCCCCUCCCUUUCCCCUCCGCCCCCCCUCCCCCCUCCUCCGCCCGUCUUCCCCCACCCUUCCCCCUGCCACGCCGUCGUUCCUCCGACCAUCCGCUCAAUUCCCCCCGUCUCCCCCUUCCCCAAACACCACUUGCCAUCCCACCAACGCCGUUCCCUCCCCUUAUGACCCUCCCGCCGCUCCACCCUCUCCCAACCCUUUCCCCUCUCCUUCCUCGCUUCAACCUUCCAUCGCUCCCACCGCUCCCAACCACUCCUUCUCCCCUAGACCAUCCCUCGCCCGUCCCACACCCUCGUGGAGCAGCGAGAGGGAAAGGCGAAGCGCAACGGUAGCUGCACCCGGUGGCGCUGCCGCCGCUUCAGCAGCACCAGCAGCAGCACCAGCAGCAGCACCAGCAGCAGCAGCAGGACCAGCGUCAGCAGCAGCGGGAGGCGGAGGGGCAGUUGGCGCAGGGGGAGGAGGAGGUGGGGGAGGAGGAGCAGAAGCAGGGGGGAAGGCGAAGAGCGGAGGGAGAGGCAGCAAGGCGGGAGGCGCGGAGGUGCGCCGCGCCGUGGGGCUCUCGGAGCUGGCGAGGGGGAGGGGCGCAGCCGGCAUGAGGGGUGUAAGCGGCACGCGGGGUGUGGGCGGUAGCAGGGCGGCGGCAGGGCAGCAGCGAGAGGGGCGUGCCAAGGCGGCGCCAUGCGAGCAGCAGAGAUCGUGCCACGAAAGCGUUGCUGCACCCGCGCCUGCUGCGCCCGCGCCUGCUGCACCCGCGCCUGCUGCACCCGCGCCUGCUGCACCCGCGCCUGCUGCACCCGCGCCUGCUGCACCCGCGCCUGCUGCUGCCGUGCCUUCUUCUCCCGCGCCUGCUGCGAGUGUGCUGUUCCAGCAGACUGCUGUUCCUGCUGCUCCCGUGCUCGCUGCGUCUCGUGCCGUGGCUUCCCAGUCCCAAGGGCAACCACGGUGCCUGAGCAAGCGCACAGGGGAGGAGCUAGCGUGUAAGACGAUAGACAAGGCGAGCAUCAAGACGCAUGCGGAUGCGGAGGACGUGCGGAAGGAGGUGGCUUGCUUGGAGUUGCUGGCUGGGCACCCCACUGUUGUCACUAUCAAGGACGCAUUUGAGGACUCCCAGCACGUGCACAUUGUCACGGAGCUCCUACCGGGCGGCGAUCUCUUCGACAGAAUCAGAUCGCUCCGCCGCCUCUCCGAGCCGUCCGCCGCCCGCCUGUGCGCCGCCCUGAUCGAAGCCCUUCUCCACUGCCACUGCCGGGGCAUCACGCACCGCGACAUCAAGCCCGAAAACAUCCUUCUUACAAGCCUCUCCUCCGACUCCGAUAUAAAGCUCAUCGACUUUGGCGUGGCUACAUCCUUCCAACGUGGCGUGCCGCUAACCGAUGCGGUCGGGACUCCGGAAUAUAUGGCUCCUGAGGUGCUCAGGCAGAGCUACGGUCCCGAGGCGGAUAUAUGGAGUGCGGGAGUGGUGCUUUACGUGGUACUUAGCGGCGCGCCCCCGUUUUGGGGGUCUAAAAGCCGGACGGUGGUGGAGAGGAUACUUAAAAAAGAGGUGGCGUUUAGAGGGGCUAAGUGGGAGGGCGUGUCGGAGGAGGCUAAGGAUCUUGUUGCUCGCAUGCUGGUGAAAGAUGCAAGCAAGCGGAUCGGAGCUCUUGAGAUUCUCGAGCACCCAUGGAUUCAAAAGUGGAAGUUGGCUUCUCGCACGUGA